AGCUUUAACACCACCAGGGCCUCUCUUCUCUAACCAUAGAGCAGAGAAGGGAACACUAGACUUGAUCAGAAUAUUCUCUUCUCUAUAAGGAAAAAAAAGGCGGGGUGGGGGGGUCUUGGAAGCCUUUUGUAUUGCUGUUUCUUUCCACAUUGCCCUAUAAUCCUCUUGUGGUCUUUCUUGGCUUCCUUAGAAAGAUCAAUCUACUGUUUGUGCAUGAUCAUAUAUGACUAGUGGGUCUACUUCUGCAAUGGAGUGACAGCUGCUUCAACAAUCAAGUGACUGGCGCAAGCCCAUCUUGCUAGUUAUCUCUCUUCCACAUUGCAUAAACGUAACUCGAAAGCAAAAGGAAUUGAGACACUCUUGUUCUUUUCGCAAAGGGGUACUCCUCUAUAUAACCAAGCACACACAGAGACACUUGGUGUCACAUACUUUUGAGCCUUCCUUGAACCCUUUAUUGCACCAGUCCUAAUUAGUCCAAUGGAUCGUUUAUCAUCUGCUAGUAACAUUUUUCCUGCUGGUCGGGAUGGUGUUACCGGCCAAAUUGGAUUGAUUUGGCAAGUAAUAAUGGAACCGUUGACCGUGCCGGUCUUGAAAUUAUUGGUGGUAGUGUGUUUGGGCAUGUCAAUAAUGAUUUUCAUUGAAAGAGUGUACAUGGGGGUUGUUAUAGUUUUUGUGAAGUUGUUUGGGAAAAAACCAAAUAAGAGGUACAAAUGGGAGCCUAUAAAGGAUGAUAUUGAGCUUGGUAACUCAGCUUAUCCUAUGGUUCUGGUGCAAGUUCCAAUGUACAAUGAAAAAGAGGUUUAUCAGUUGUCUAUUGGAGCUGCCUGUGGGCUUUCUUGGCCGUCCGACCGGAUCAUAAUCCAAGUUCUUGAUGACUCAACAGACCCUGCCAUUAAGAGCUUGGUGGAAGUAGAAUGUCAGAGAUGGGCAAGCAAAGGCAUCACUAUAAAGUAUGAGAUGAGGGACAACAGGAAUGGAUACAAGGCAGGAGCUCUCAAAGAAGGCAUGAAGCACAGCUAUGUUAAACAAUGUUUUUUUUUAGCCAUAUUUGAUGCUGAUUUUCAGCCUGAACCUGACUUUCUUUGGCGCACCAUACCAUUUCUAGCUCACAAUCCUGAAAUUGCUCUUGUUCAAGCUCGCUGGAAAUUCGUCAAUUCUGAUGAGUGCUUAAUGACAAGGAUGCAAGAGAUGUCAUUGGAUUACCAUUUCACUGUGGAACAAGAAGUGGGGUCUGCUACCUAUGCUUUCUUUGGAUUCAAUGGUACUGCUGGUGUGUGGAGAAUUUCAGCGGUCAAUGAAGCUGGAGGGUGGAAGGAUCGAACGACGGUAGAGGACAUGGACUUGGCUGUCAGGGCUAGCCUCAAAGGCUGGAAGUUUGUUUAUGUUGGUGACCUCAAGGUGAAAAAUGAAUUGCCAAGCACUUUCAAAGCUUAUCGAUAUCAGCAACAUAGAUGGUCUUGUGGGCCAGCAAAUCUCUUCAGGAAAAUGGCUAUAGAAAUAGUAAAAAACAAGAAAGUGUCAGUUUGGAAGAAAUGUUAUGUGAUCUACAGUUUCUUCUUCGUCCGCAAGAUUGUGGCACAUAUUGUCACGUUUUUAUUCUACUGUGUUGUUUUGCCUGCAACUGUUCUGGUUCCUGAAGUAACUGUUCCUAAAUGGGGAGCUGUCUAUAUUCCUUCAGUUGUAACUCUCCUCAAUGCUGUUGGAACCCCUAGAUCACUCCAUCUGAUGGUUUUCUGGAUCCUAUUUGAGAAUGUUAUGUCUCUGCACCGGACUAAGGCGACAUUUAUAGGUCUUCUGGAGGGAGGAAGAGUGAAUGAAUGGGUUGUCACUGAAAAAAUAGGAGAUGCUCUUAAGGCCAAAUUACCUGCUAAAGCUACCAAGAAACCGCGGAUUAGGAUUGGAGAAAGGAUUUGGUUACAUUGGCACCUUUGUCCCCCACUCUUAGCAAGAAUCUUUCAUUUCUCCAAGAAACAACAGCAUUGUGAUUCCAUCAGGGACAGUUUUUUUUUAUUAUUAUUAUCUUUGUUGCAGGCUAUUGAAGUAAAGGCUGGUCAUUCUUUUCUUGUUGAACAUAAGGGAUGCUGUAUUUUCGAUUUCUUUUUACAAAAACCUUUGUGAUUUGUUGUUAUUUUCAGGGUACAAAAUAACAAGGAAAGAGUAAAUUGGUAGAUAUAGUAGCAUAUACGUUGUGCUCCCAUGAAUGUAGACAUCUUUGUAAGGGCUGAUGGUUUGAAAUAGAAAGGUGGAAUUUUGUAUUGAUAA